AUGAAAUCAACGUGGGUUAUACAUUUACAGGAACUAAAGAUGACGCCUGACUCUGUAACAUUUGAAGUGUGGAAAGACAACCCUGUGCCUAUCUACAUAGAAUUCUUCUUCUUCAACUGGACUAAUCGAGGGGAUUUGGAAAAAGAAGGAAGUUUCCACAUUCCUCAGUUACAAGAAUUGGGCCCUUAUCGUUUUACGGAGAAGAUCGAACGAGUGAACGUCACAUGGAACGAUAACGACACAAUAACCUACCAACAAGCCAAGUGGUGGUACUUCGAUCAGGAGAACUCCAGGGGUUCGUUGGAUGAUGAAAUCGUCACGCUUAAUGUUGUUUCAUUGACGGCAGCUUUCACGGUAAGGGACUGGAACUACUUUUUGAGAACCAGCGUAUCGACAGCUAUCCGUAUGACGGAACAACAUAUCCACAUACGACGCACCGUCAGGGAGCUGUUGUUCGAGGGCUACUCGGACAGACUCAUCAACAUGGCGCGGUCCAUGCCCGUCUUCUCCAGUGUCAAGGUGCCGUUCGACAAAUUCGCAUGGUUCUACAAGAGGAACGGCACCUCUUUCAUGGACGGUACCUUCAACAUGAACACUGGGGUAGGGGAUAUCCAGAAGAUAGGCAAGCUGGAGAACUGGAACUACCGUACAAGCACUGACUAUUUCCCUGGGGAAUGUGGAAACGUAGAGGGCACCACGGGGCAGCUGUUCCCCCCUGGCCAGACACGUACCGAUAAGGUGCACAUGUUCUCCCCUGACCUCUGCAGAUCGAUAUCGUUUGAGUACAACGAAGACACGGUGGUGAGCGAUAUACCCGGCUACAAGUACGUCGGUGGCCUGUCCAUGCUCGACAACGGAACAGUGUUCCCUGACAACGAGUGCUUCUGUAACGGCGAGUGCGUGCCUUCAGGGGUAGUGAACGUCACCUCCUGUCGCUUCGGGGCCCCCGCCUUCGCCUCCUUCCCCCACUUCUACCUCGGGGACUCCUACUUCACCGACAACGUCCGGGGGAUGCAGCCCGCCAAGGAGAAACAUCAGUUCUACUUAGUUCUCGAGCCGUUGCUUCUUGAAUGGGUGGAGGGAAAGGCUGAAAAAGUCAAUAUGACUGCAUACAAUCUUUCCAGAGCGCUGCAGACGAGUGAAGAUGCUGGAGAAAUCAUAGAGGGUGCAGAAGUGUCUCCUACAAAACAGUUCAGAAGAUCUGGUGCUUAG